UCAACAAAGAAAUCAAUCGAGUUUUCGUCUAUUUAUUUUAAACAUAAAGCCAUAUUUAUCAGUUAAUAACAUAUUAAAACAUAUUAUGAAACGCGUGUAUAUAUACAGAGAUAAAUCAGAACAAGAUGGAAAGCUUAUUACUGUGGAAGACUCGUUGGAAAACGUACUUUCUCAAGCAGCGACACUGUUUCAGUUAUCUGUAGAUAAUGUGCAAUUAUACUCGGCAAAUGAUUGCCAAAUUCAUGAUAUACGUGCUAUAAGGGAUGAGGAGAAGAUUUAUAUAGGUUUGAGCGACGAAGCGUCUUCCACGGUGACGAAAUCGAUUGAAAACUUGUCUGUGAUUGAUGUCGAAGAAAAUACGGUUUCUGACUGGAUAACAUUGAAUGUUGGUGGUAAACACUUCACCACAUCGCGGUCAACAUUGCUGGCUAAAGAGCCAAUGUCAAUGCUGGCGCGUAUGUUCGCUGGGGACGACGAUAAAGAGUAUUUAAUGAGGCCCAGUGCAAGGGAUGCGGGUGGCGCGUACUUAAUAGAUAGGAGCCCGGUGUAUUUCGAGCCGAUACUUAAUUAUUUGAGGCACGGAGAAGUGAUAUUAGAUAAGCAUGUGAACCCCAGAGGGGUGUUGGAAGAGGCUGUGUUUUAUGGUAUAGAAUCAAUGAUACCGCAACUCAAUGAACUGAUUGAGAGCUCGGCCUCGAAUACUGGCACCAGCCAAGCCCUGAACCGCAUGGAUGUGGUGAAGGCUCUCAUCAUGACUCCGAUCAGCUCGGAACUGCGAUUCCAAGGGGUCAACUUGGCUGGAGCGGACUUGAAUAAGCUGGACUUGAGAAAUAUUAAUUUUAAGUAUGCCUGCCUGUCAUACUGCAAUCUCAGUGGUGCCAACCUCUCCAACUGCUGCCUGGAGCGCGCGGACCUGUCGCACGCGAACUUAGAGGGCGCCCAGCUCAUUGGAGUAAAAGCAUUGUGUGCCAACAUGGAAGGAGCAAAUCUGAAAGGGUGUAAUAUGGAAGAUCCUGCCGGCGCCCGAGCAAUCAUGGAGGGAGUUAAUUUAAAAGGUGCAAAUCUGGAAGACAGCAACAUGGCAGGGGUCAACUUGCGAGUGGCAACACUCAAGAAUGCUAACCUGCAGAAUUGCGUGCUCCGUACGGCGGUAUUGGCUGGUGCCAACUUAGAGUGCUGUGAUUUAUCCGGAAGCGAUCUGCACGAAGCCAACCUCCGCGGUGCCAACCUUAAAGACGCCGCGUUUGAACUCAUGCUAACACCGCUGCACAUGUCCCAGACCAUACGAUAGAUUAAUAAAAAAACCUAUUGCAUAAUAAAAUACAAACUAAUAAG